AUGAGUGACGCAAAAGAUGUCAAGGACAUGGAAGCCACGGUCCAGGAUACGAGUGAUUAUGUACUUCACUUCCCACGUUCGCUCACAAUCGAAGAAAAGAAAUAUCUAUUGGCCGUAGAGAGAGGUGAUAUGUCCAACGUAAAGAAGCUUCUGCAGCUUGCAAACAAGGGUAAAGAAAAACAGCUGGACGUGAAUUGCGUAGAUAGUCUGGGUCGCAGUGCUCUCACGCUGGCUAUAGAGUCGGAAAAUUUAGAAAUGGUCGAACUACUUAUCGUGAUGGGAGUCGAAACGAAGGAUGCUCUGCUCCAUGCCAUCGAUCAGGAAUUUGUAGAAGCGGUCGAAUUGUUACUGGAACAUGAAGAACUUCUUACAAACCAAACUACCAAGGAUUCCGAAAAGCAAAUUGUACAUAGCUGGCAGAAGGUUGAUCCGGCAUCAGCCAGAUACCCAAUGGAUAUGACACCUUUGGUGCUCGCGGCGCAGCGCAAUAACUACGAAAUCUUGAAGCUUUUGUUAGAUAGAGGAGCUACUUUGCCAAUGCCGCACGAUGUGAGAUGUGGCUGUAACGAUUGUCUUGAAGCAACAAUUGAUGAUCCUUUAAGACUGUCGUCCACUAGAAUCUCUGAAUACAAGGCUUUGGCCAGUCCAAGUUUAAUAGCUUUGAGCUCUACAGAUCCUUUAAUGACAGCUUUCCAACUAAGUUGGGAACUUAGGGAAUUAACCAUAUCAGAACCAGAGAAUAGAGCUGAAUAUUUAAAAUUACGACGACAGGUAGAAAAAUUCGCUGUCGAUUUGUUGCAACACGUUCGAACUACCAUGGAAUUGGAUACCAUUCUAAAUUAUGAUCCCGAGGAAGAAAAUGCUGAACUUAGCAAACAACUAGCUCGUCUGGAGCAAGCUAUAGAAUAUAAGCAAAAGAGAUUCGUCUCUCAUUCUCACGUUCAGCAGCUAUUGGCAGCGAUCUGGUAUGAAGGAGUCCCUGGAUUCCGAAGAAUGUCAACUAUACGGAAAGUCGGCAUUCUUGCAAAGACGGCAAUUUUAUUUCCUUUCUAUUGUAUCAUGUACUAUCUGGUGCCGGAAUCGAAAACGGGACGACUUAUGCGAAGACCUUUCAUGAAAUUCUUAGUUCACGCGUCGUCUUAUUUAUUCUUCUUGUUUAUACUCAUGCUGGUGUCGCAGCGUGCGGAAGUGGAGAUUGUUAGACUCCUAGGUUCUCAGGAAAUGAAGAAAAAUCUCGAGGCUUAUUUGGCUCAACAGAGAGGCGCGGCCCCUACCCCUCUGGAAGGUUUCGUCGUGUUGUAUGUUCUCGGAUUUAUAUGGGAAGAGACAAGAGAGGUUUAUGUAGAUGGUCUAAAGGGUUAUUUGCGUGACAUGUGGAACUUUAUCGACUUCACUAGAAAUACACUUUAUUUGGCGACCGGUAUUCUCAGACUAGCUGCUUAUCUUCAGCAGCGCGCUGAGAUACAGAUGGAUCCAUCGGCCGCAAUAAUACCAAGAGAGAAUUGGAGCGACUUUGAUCCGCAACUAAUCGCUGAAGGUCUUUUUGCGGCUGCGAAUGUCUUUAGUGCUUUAAAACUUGUCCAUCUUUUCAGCAUCAAUCCACAUUUAGGACCACUUCAGAUAUCGUUGGGCAGAAUGGUAAUCGACAUCGUAAAAUUUUUUUUUAUUUACACGUUAGUAUUAUUUGCUUUUGCCUGUGGCUUAAACCAGCUGCUGUGGUAUUUUGCGGAACUGGAAAGACAGAAGUGUUACAGUGGAAUAUCGGAUCCCUCAUGGGACACCGGCAGUGAUGCUUGCUUAAGAUGGAGAAGAUUCAGCAAUCUAUUCGAAUCAUGUCAGAGUCUUUUUUGGGCUAGUUUCGGUAUGGUCGGCAUCGAGAGCUUCGAACUUUCUGGAAUCAAGUCAUACACUCGAUUCUGGGGCUUGUUGAUGUUCGGAUCGUAUUCCGUGAUCAACGUGAUUGUCCUGCUAAAUCUACUGAUAGCUAUGAUGAGCAACAGCUACGCCGUUAUUGAGGAACAUGCCGACACAGAGUGGAAAUUCGCGAGAACGAAGUUAUGGAUGAGUUACUUCGAGGACACUGGAACCCUUCCGCCACCCUUCAAUAUCUUCCCUCCACCGAAAUUGCUUUUCCGAUUGUUUGGCCUGCAGAAGAAGCGCGUCGGCAGACGAAGUAGCCAACGUCGGCGUGCACGCGAACAUAAAUACGGAGUAGUUAUGAGAGCUCUCAUAUGGCGCUACAUCGUUAAUGCACACAACGAGCACGAGAUGGAACCUGUCACCGAAGACGACGUCCAUGAACUUAAAUCCGACUUAUCGUCCUGGAGAUGCGAACUUCUGGAUAUCCUGCAUAAAAAUGGCAUGGAUAUCGGUGGUGUCAACAAGAAAGAAAAAACUGUACUGGGCAAGAAAAUGAAGAUCUGGGAAAGAAGGCUCAUGAAAGACUUUCAAGUCGCAGGUCCAGUAAAUCCAGCCGACGUCGAUCUUCAAGAAGAAAUAACUCUUCAACAACCCGAGAACGAGAGCAACGUCGAGCGAUGGAAAAGAAUUGCCAGAUUAGCCGUGUUAACUUCAGCCGAACGUCGUUGGAGUCAAGUAGUAAGAAACGCAAUUAAGAGUUCUCAAAUUGGCAAAAGCUGCAGUAAAGCGUCGCUUCAGAAUCAACAAAGUCUGAAGAGAGCUAUGGAAGAAGCGAAACGUCUGGCGCAGAAAAGCCCACUGCCGCCAGAUGUGCCAGUUGAAUUGCCGCAAACUACCGCGGCGACAAUACUGCAUGUACUACACGACAUUGUUGAGGACGAUGUUAAAACAGUAGAACCUAAGAGAGAUAAAACUCCAGAACCUAUUAGAACCGGCAUUGGUUCUCAAACAUUUGAUUCAAUUCUUCAGAACAAAUCUUCAUCUUCAAUCGAUUUCGAAAAAGUGGCAAACACCACAGCGCCGUUAUUGUCACUUCGUUCAUCACCACCGCGAGUAAUCAAGAGGAAGGCAUCUACUCAGCACGAACAAUUGUCAACUUCUGCUCAAUUGACAACUAAUCGGUCCUCGAUUACCACAAGCACUAUUUCGGCUGUUCCCAAAACAUCCUUUACUACCGUUACUGUAACUACAACAUCCAGUUCAGCACCCACUGCUGUGACUACUGCUGCAACAAUUACAUCUGCCACUAUGAAAGAUGUUACUACUACUACUACUACUGCUGCUGCUGCUGCUACUAUUGCUACUGCCACUAUUGUCAAACCCGUUACUAUUUCUACUACUGCAAAAUCAACUAUUACUGCUUCUAGUACUCCAAAAAUUACUAGUUCUCUUCUGGAAAGUCAAAACAAAUCCAUUACCGCGUCUAUAUCUUCGACUAGCAUCACAGACGAAAACACUUCAAUCAUAGCACGACCAAAAGUUUCACAUAGUCCUAAACUUCCAACUAUUCCUUCAUUUAAAGUUACAUCAAAUGGUAAUAAAGAUAAUGACCGAGAAAAACUCGUAAUUACGCGAAAUAGAGCAUCAAAAGGUGGAUGGCUUUAAGGGAUUAGGCUUAGAGACCUUAAAGUCUGAAAAAUUGCGUGAUUUUUAAGAAUUUUUUAAAGAAAAACAAUAAAGUAAAUACAAAAUCAAA